AUGGGUGGCUUCGGGGACUUCACGGAUAUAUGCCACACGGCACCUUUGCCGUUGUGUCCAUCUGUCGGUCCCGUCACUUCCAUCUCGAGUGGUGUCGGCGUCGAAACCGAUUGUUUCGCGCGAAAUAUUGAGCUGGCCAAUACCAUCAUUUUCCAGGGCGCAUCCAGUUUCAUACACAUUAUCGCUCUGGUCAUGACUAUAGUGAUGAUCUUACAUAUCCGAGGGAAAUUCACUGCCGUUGGUCGCAAGGAAAUCCUAGCCUUCUUCUACUUUUACAUGCUACUAUCGUUCAUCUCCCUCUGCGUCGACGCCGGUGUUGUUCCUCCAGGCUCCGAACCUUAUCCAUACUUCGUUGCGAUACAAUCCGGCCUCACGUCCGCGCUGAUCACCUGUCUAUUAAUCAAUGGAUUUGUCGGCUUUCAGCUCUACGAAGACGGUACCCCCUUAUCCGUAUGGAUGCUUCGGCUUUCCUCCUUUGCGGCCUUUGUUGUCUCGUUCCUCGUAUCGCUAGCUACGUUUAAGUCAUGGGCCGGCAUGGGGCCGUCGAAUACAGUAGGCUUAUUCACGGUUCUAUAUCUCCUGAACGGCGUACAACUUGUCAUAUAUGUGGCUCUGCAGAUUUUGCUCGUGGCCCGAACCUUGGAAGACCGCUGGCCGCUGGGAGAUAUCGCCUUUGGCCUCUUCUUCUUCAUUGUGGGACAAGUUAUACUAUAUGCGCUUAGUUCCACGAUUUGCCAAGCGACUAGUCAUUAUGUUGAUGGCUUGUUUUUUGCAACCACCUGCAAUCUGCUUGCUGUCAUGAUGGUUUACAAGUAUUGGGAUUCCAUCACGAAAGAAGACCUCGAGUUCUCCGUAGGUACACGGAUGAAUAACUGGGAAGUGAAAGAGCUUCUUCCCGAGGAAGAACGCCGUGCUACUGUCUAUAUGGAUGACUCUUACGGCCACUCUAGCCCUUACGACCAUUCCUCGUCUCCUUCAAGAAACCGAAUGUCCCGCUAUUAG